AUCAGGCCAUUCGACACCCGCGCUGUCCAUGAACUCUGCUCAAAAGAUCAACUCGACCUGCUGGACUCUGUAGAUCGUCUACGCUCUCAGGGCAUCGACCACUAUGUUUCUCUGCCACAGAUCAUCGUUUGCGGCGAUCAGUCUUCUGGUAAAAGCUCUGUCCUUGAGGCUAUUUCUGGUGUCUCUUUUCCAGUGAAGAGCAACUUAUGUACUCGUUUCCCAACCGAGUUAGUCUUACGAAAGACACCUGAGAUUGGCGUCAGCGUCUCCAUCGUCCCAGACCGCUCGCGUAGCAAAGUAGAGCGUGUGUCUCUCAGCAACUUUCGCGAGACACUCGAUAGCUUCGCUGCGCUCCCAGAAUUGAUCGAGAAUGCCAAAACAGCCAUGGCCAUUGGUAGUCUUGGUCGAGCCUUUUCGAAAGAUCUAUUACGGGUUGAGGUGUCGGGUCCUGACCGACCACAUCUUACCAUCGUAGACUUGCCGGGCCUUAUUCAUUCCGAGACAAGACAGCAAUCCGCAGCUGAUAUCGAACUCGUACAAGAUGUCGUCAAGUCGUACAUGAAAGAGCCUAGAAGCAUCAUCCUCGCGGUUGUAUCCGCAAAGAACGAUUACGCCAACCAGAUCGUGCUGAAGCUCGCUCGUACUGCCGACAGAAGCGGAACCCGCACGCUUGGUGUAAUCACUAAGCCUGACACUCUGAUUCCAGGCUCCGACAGCGAAGCCAUGUAUAUCUCGCUUGCUAAAAACCUUGAUGUGGAGUUCCGUCUUGGAUGGCAUGUUCUCAAGAAUAUGGAUUCGGAAACUGGAUCUGUGGCGCUUGCAAAUCGUGAUGAAGAGGAAAGUCGUUUCUUUUCUGAAGGCGUAUGGCCUACAUUGUCCGAAUCUAUCCUGGGUAUCGUACCAUUGAGAGAACGACUGAGCAAACUCCUUCUUGUCCAGAUCGCAGCGGAACUCCCCGGUCUUGUGGAAGAGAUCGAACUCAAAUCUGCCGCUUGUCGCACUGGACUCGAAAAGCUGGGCCAACCUCGGGCUAGUAUCGAAGACCAGCGCCAAUAUCUAGUCACUCUCAGCCAAGCAUGCCAAGCCCUUACCAAAGCUGCCGUCGAUGGAACUUACAACGAUGACUUCUUUGGCGAUGCGAAAACUGACGCUGGCUACCAGAAACGUAUUCGUGCCGUCGUACAGAACCUCAAUCAGGCUUUUUCAGAGACAAUGGCGCGCGAAGGACACCACUUUGUGAUCACCAACUCUUCUGGUACAAGUCUUCUACAAGGCAGUCGACCGAAGGAAAACAUCCUCAGCCGACCUGAGUUUCUAGAGCGUAUCGAAUCCCUCAUGAAACGCACCCGCGGCCGCGAACUCCCCGGAACCUUCAACCCCAUGGUAGUAUCGGACCUCUUCUUCGAGCAGUCAUCGCCCUGGGAAAAGCUUGCUAGAGAUCACAUUCUAGAAGUCGUAACUGCGGUAAGGACCUUUCUCAGGCACCUCACUUCCCACGUUUCAGACGCGUCUACAUGCGGCGCACUAUUCCAAACCCUUGUUGACCCUGCGCUUGAGCGGAUUUCGAAAAAUGUGAAAAGCAAGACAACGGACCUACUUGCUUCGCAUCAGCGCGGACACCCCAUCACCUACAACCAUUAUUUUACAGAGACAGUGCAGCAAGUCAGGAAAGAAAGAAUGACAGCGGAACUCACGAAUGUCAUCCAAGACGUCUUCAGCGUUAGCUCACUUUACCCGUCUGGACAAUCUCGAUACGUUGAGAUGGACUAUCGCCCGUUGCUCAAUGCACUCAUAACACAUGGAAAUCCUGAUUUAAACCAGUAUGCGUGCUCUGAGGCGCUGGACUGCAUGCAAGCCUACUACAAAGUUGCCUUCAAACGCUUCGUGGACGAUGUUGCUGUUGAAGCUGUCGAAAAGGAUAUCAUUGCUAAACUUAGCAACAUCGUUUCGCCGAUCAAAGUUACCUCUCUUGCCUCUGAUGUGGUGACAAGUAUUGCUGGUGAGUCCAAGGAGAGCCAAGCGAAGCGCAGCCAGUUAGAAAACCAGCUAGGCGUGCUGGUUCAGGGGUUAGAGACAUGUAAAAGAUUCAUAGUAGGGACACUACAGGGUGCACCAGAUGCAGCGACCCUACGACCUGGGCUUGAAGCUUCUUCCUCAGACUUGUCGUUGGACUCUUCUCGCACAGAGUCAGACGGACGAGUCACUGAUGACGGGCUAGAGGAAUUCGAUGCAUCUCCUGAUGCUGCUCUUGCUGAGUGGGCUCUGCCAACAGAAGGUGAAUCAGUGCCAGAACAGGAACUCGAGAGACUUGACGAAGUGAAUUUCAGUGAGCCUAUGGGUUCUUUCCCACGAAAAAUCUUAAGUAAGAAGAAGGGAAAGAAAAACGUUUAUCGCCCUUCAUAAUCUCCCUUCUAUUCAAAAGAUGAAUCUAAGGACGAGUAUUGGUCAUACAGCUGCUUUUUC